AUGUCGUGGUUCUUGUGGCUCGGUUCCGCUCCGUCCCUGCUCCUCGUGGGUCUCGUGGGCAGAGACCUGGGUCUCGGGGUUGGAUCACAGGUGGUUCAGGCAGUGACUUGUUCCCGCUGGGAAACGUCUGGUGUCACGGGUCUGUUCCAGGACGGUGAUGUAGUCAUUGGUGGUCUCUUCAGUCUUUUUUACAAACCUCCAGCUAUGGAUCAUGACUUCACUCAGCUGCCACCCUACAAACCUUGCACCAGACUGCAGGGUCUUCCUUUACAGUACAUAUAUGCCAUGGUGUUUGCACUGGAAGAAAUCAAUGAAAGUGUGACGCUGCUGCCAGGAGUGAAGCUGGGUUAUCACAUUCACGACAGCUGUGGUCUUUCCUUCUGGGCUUUACAAGCUGCCCUGUCACUGGUCGGAGGAAACGGCAGCAGCUGUAGUCUUUCGGCUGCCAUGACCAACUAUUCUGCAGCCUAUGGAGAGGAAAGGGGAGAAAGGACAGGUGAUCAGUCUGUUCCUUUGAUCAUCGGUGGUGACUCAUCAAAUACAGCUCAGAUUCUCUCCAGACUCCUGGGGCCGCUCUCUAUAAGCUACACGGCCAGCUGCCCAUGUUUAAGUGACAGGAGCCAAUUUCCCAACUUCUUCAGGACCAUGCCCAGUGAUAUUUACCAAGCGCGAGCCUUGGCCCAGCUUGCUAUCCGCUUAAACUGGACAUGGAUUGGAGCUGUAGUGGCAAAGAAUAGUUAUGGCCUAAUGGCAAUAAAGAUUUUUCAGGAGGAGACUCGAGGAGCAGGAGUGUGUUUGGCAUUUGUGGAAACUCUCCGUCGAGAGAAUAUUGUGAGUGACGCCACACGUGCAGCACUUGCCAUUCAAGCCUCGACUGCAAAGGUGAUUCUGAUCUUCACCUGGUACACAGAUGUGAGGGAAUUGUUCGAGCAGCUGGACGCCAGAAAUGUGACUAACCGACAGUUUCUGGCCAGUGAGGCUUGGAGCACCAGUGGGGAUCUUCUCCAAAAUCCUUCCUCUUCUAAAGUGGCAAGUGGUGUCCUGGGAGUGGCCAUUAGGAGUUCAACUAUACCUGGAUUUGAAAAGUAUCUCAGAAAUCUAAGCCCAUCUCAUCGUCCAAAUGAUAGGUUCUUAAGAGAAUUUUGGGAGAAUGUGUUUCUCUGUCAUCUUGGAGACACGGCUCCUGCUAACAGGCUGCUUCAGAAAGAUCCCCUGCCUCCGUGCAGUGGCACAGAGUCUCUGCAGACGGUGCAGAAUCUUUUUACUGACACAUCUCAGGUUGGAGUGACACAUAACGUCUACCUGGCUGUUUAUGCUGUAGCCCACGCUCUUCACAGGCUUCUAUUGUGUCCCGACAUUAAAAGUCUUCCUAGAAACAGCAGCUCCACCUGCUCCAUUCCAAAACACAUCAAACCUAUGGAGGUUCUACAGCACUUGAUGAAGGUGAACUUCACUACACCACAGGGUGAAAUGUUUUAUUUUGAUGGAGCUGAUGUUCCAGCAAAGUACGACCUCGUGAACUGGCAGAAAACUCUCGGAGGGAAACUCAAACUUGUUCUGAUAGGUCGUGUAGAUGGAUACGACCUCCAAAUGAACGAGUCUGCAAUUCAAUGGAGCACAGGGUCUAAUCAGGUGCCUGUCUCAGUUUGCAGUGAGAGCUGUCGUCCAGGAACCAGAGUGGCCACCAGGAAAGGAGAACCACUCUGUUGCUUUGACUGUCUCCCAUGUACUGAAGGAGAAAUAAGUAACAUAACUGGUUCUCCUCACUGUGAACCUUGUCCACCUGAGUUCUGGUCAAAUUCUGACCGAACUGCAUGUGUCCCUCGCCAGCUGGACUUCCUGUCCUUUAAUGAAACCUUGGGUAUAACUCUAACUACAGUUGCUGUAUUUGGUGUCACGGUGACAACAACUGUGUUUGUGGUUUUUCUUUACUAUCGUCAAACACCGAUGGUUCGAGCCAACAACUCUGAGCUGAGCUUCCUGCUUCUUCUGUCUCUGAAACUCUGCUUCCUCUGCUCUCUGGUCUUCAUCGGUCGUCCGUCAGUCUGGUCUUGCCGUUUCCAGCAAGCAGCUUUUGGCAUCAGCUUUGUUCUUUGUGUUUCCUGCCUACAAGUCAAAACAAUGGUGGUUCUGGCAGCAUUUCGCUCGGCUCGUCCUGGAGCUGAAGCCUUGAUGAAGUGGUUUGGUCCAGGUCAGCAGAGAGGAAGUGUCUGUUUCUUCACCAGUAUACAGGUCAGUGUUCUCAUCUGUGUCAUUUGGCUCUCACUCAGUCCACCGGUUCCUCAGCCUGACCUUGAUGUGCCUGGUUUAAGGGUGACGCUGCAAUGUGCUAUGGCCUCAGUGGUGGGCUUCUCUCUGGUUCUGGGCUACAUCGGCCUCCUCGCCUGCACCUCCCUACUCUUGGCUUUUCUUGCUCGGAAACUCCCCGACAACUUCAACGAGGCCAAACUCAUCACCUUCAGCAUGUUGAUCUUCUGUGCAGUCUGGGCGGCAUUUGUUCCUGCCUAUGUCAGCUCUCCUGGAAAAUAUGCAGUGGCUGUUGAGAUUUUUGCAAUUAUUGCCUCUAGCUAUGGUUUGCUUUUCUGCAUCUUUGCUCCAAAGUGUUUUAUCAUUCUUUUAAGGCCAGAGAAAAACACUAAGAAAUACCUGAUGGCGAGGUAG